AUGGAUUCCACUCUUCACUCCAACAGAACCAAUAGGUGGAAAAAGAGACCCAUUAAUCCUCCAAAUUGCAAAGCCCCUUUCCUCACCUUCUUCACAAUCUUAUUUUGUAUAGUUUUCUUCAUUUCCUACAAAUCUCUAUUUUCCCCUUCAAUCCACCAAAUCUCCACAAAUUCCCAAUCUGAUCUUCCACUACAAUGCACCGCCACAAGCACCACCGGUUCAUUGGAAAAGUUCCUCUGGUACGCACCGCACAGUGGAUUCAGCAACCAGCUCUCUGAGUUCAAGAACGCAAUUCUAAUGGCUGCGAUUUUGAAUCGAACGUUAAUUGUUCCUCCUGUACUGGAUCACCAUGCUGUUGCUCUCGGGAGUUGCCCAAAAUUCCGGGUUUUGAAUGCUAAUGACUUGAGAUUCAAAGUCUGGACUCACAGUAUUGAGCUCAUCAGCGAACGCAGGUACACAUCCAUGGCAGAUAUACUUGAUCUUUCAUCUCUGAUGUCCAUUGCACCUGUCAGGUUUAUAGAUUUCAGAGUUUUUGUAUCCAUGUGGUGUGAGGUGAAUAUCAACUUGAUUUGCUCUGAGGACUUGAGUAAGCAUUCUUCUUUAAUUGAAAGCCUAAGACAAUGUGGGUCGUUACUCUCCGGGUUGAAUGGAAAUGUAAAGAAUUGUUUAUACGCUUCAGAGGAAGAUUGUAGAAUGACAGUGUGGACAUACCAAAAAGACGGUGAAGAUGGGAUUUUGGAUUCAUUUCAACCUGAUGAUGAACUCAAGAAGAAGAAGAGAAUUACAUUUGUGAGGAAAAGGAGAGAUGUCCAGAAAACCUUUGGCCCUGGCUCCGAAGCUGGAUCAGCCAGUGUUUUGGCAUUUGGGAGCCUUUUUACUGCUCCUUACAAGGGCUCAGAGUCGCAUAUUGACAUCCAUGAAUCUCCGAGGGACCGAAGGAUACAGUCCUUGAUUCAGAAAAUUGAAUUUCUUCCUUUUGUUCCAGAAAUAAUAAAUUCUGGGAAGAAGUUUGCUCUCCAGACAAUUAAGGCUCCUUUUCUUUGUGCACAGCUUAGAUUAUUGGACGGUCAAUUCAAGAACCACUGGAGAGCUACUUUUCAGGCAUUGAAAGAAAAACUGGACCUUUUAAAAGAGAAGGGUCCUCUCCCAAUUCAUGUAUUUGUGAUGACUGACCUUCCCAGGAUCAAUUGGACUGGAAGCUACUUGGGGGAUCUGGCAAAAGAUUCAGAUGCUUUUAAACUAUUUAUCCUUGGGGCAGAAGAUAAGAUAGUAACAGAUACUGCUGAGAAACUUGUGAGCACGGGACAGAAUGCAAAAUUUGAGUCUCUUGUCAAUAAGCUUGACGGGAGAGAGAAGCAUUGUAAUCCUCAAUCGUUGCCCGAUAUACUUCUAUUUAUGGAAGAAACUGUUUGCAGCUGUGCUCGUCUAGGUUUUGUUGGGACUGCUGGCUCAACCAUAGCUGAAAGCAUAGAAUCGAUGAGGAAAAAUAGCAUAUGUUUGCCAUGA